GAGGUAUAAUAGCUACCUCUCAGAUAGAAUCCAUGAACGCAUGCUUAAAAAGGUUACUAUAUAACUCAAACAUAACCAUAUGUGACCUUGUAAAAGAAAUUCACGUGCUUCUUGAUAGACAUGACAAAGAAAAUGAAUAUAAUUUUUGGCAAUUAUCAAUUCCAUCUAUCAAAAAUCAGGAAAAAGUGAACUUUCUGUUUACUAAAGUUGAUCAAUGCCUUCAACAAUUCCUUGGACCUACAAUGUUAAAAAUGCAUCGUGAUGAGAUAAACCAGUCACUAUAUUAUAUAGCAAAUUUAGUAAAUCAAGAAGAAGCCAAUGAAAAAUUUCCAAAUGAAGUCUCAAAUAAAGCAGAGGCCAUCGAUCUAUUACAAGUUACCUUAGAACAGAUGAUUAAAUUCGUUGGAUACCAUAAUAUUACAGAAAUAUGUAAAGAAUUAGAUAGAUCAAAGGAGCUUUUUUUGGUUGCUGACAAAUUUUUGCAAGAAAAUGAAAAUAUAACAUCCAGUCAUAAUGGAUCGGUGUUAUUUUUGAGCAAUUUUGAUCAAACCGGAAAGAAUAUUUAUGAAGAAAGAUUAGGAGUUCUUGAACAAAAGUUAAUAUAUGGCAAAUUGCAUAGGAUAUAUAAAAAGGCAUUACAGAAAGCAUUACAGAAUAAUCAUAAAAUGCAACAGCUUAUUGAACUACUCCAAGAAUUCGCUAAAGAAGAAGAUAGCAAUGACUUAUCAGACCCGAAAGAAGUUUUACAAGAUAAUAAUACCAGUGAUAAAGAAAACAAAGAUCCUGCGAUGGUUACAUUAUAA